CGCCGCGGGGCCGAGCUUCCGGUGGCGCGGCCGCCAUUUUGCCGUGAGGCAGCAGCGGCAGGGAGACGGGUGCCGGGGGGAUGCUGUCGGCCGCCGGGGGGAUGCUGCCGGGGCUCGGCCUGGAGCUGGGCGGCCCGAGGGGGGCUGCCCUGCAGUACCGCUUCUCGCCCUACACCUUCAACGGCGGGACUGUGUUGGCGAUUGCUGGAGAAGACUUUUGCAUUGUUGCCUCUGACACACGACUGAGUGAAGGUUAUGCAAUUCACAGCCGGGACAGUCCAAAAUGCUACAAACUAACAGAACGAACGGUCAUUGGAUGCAGUGGUUUCCAUGGGGACUGCCUGACGCUUACUAAAAUCAUUGAAGCAAGAUUAAAGAUGUACAAGCAUUCCAAUAACAAGACCAUGACUACUGGGGCUAUUGCAGCAAUGCUGUCCACAAUUCUGUACUCCCGACGUUUCUUCCCUUACUAUGUUUACAACAUCAUUGGUGGACUUGAUGAGGAAGGGAAGGGAGCAGUUUAUAGCUUCGAUCCAGUAGGCUCGUACCAGAGAGAUUCUUUCAAAGCAGGUGGAUCAGCAAGUGCCAUGCUGCAGCCCUUGCUUGAUAACCAGAUUGGCUUCAAGAACAUGCAAAAUGUGGAGCAUGUACCUCUGACCCUGGAAAAGGCUUUGCAGCUGGUUAAAGAUGUCUUUAUUUCUGCUGCUGAGAGAGAUGUGUACACUGGUGAUGCACUUAAGAUUUGUGUGGUCACAAAAGAUGGAAUUAAAGAGGAAACUAUCCAGUUACGAAGAGACUAAUUGAGUUCACAUACAAACACGUAAUCUAUGGAAUACAAUUUAACUGUAUCGUGAAGAUGUUUGUCUUAUUAAAUUUUUUCAAGAAGUUUGA